AUGUCCACCGACCAUGACUUCCCUUGGGAUAUCGGCAUCCACGAUGCCCACUGCCACCCCACAGACACCAUGGCCUCCAUAGACAGUAUCCCAAAUAUGAAGACCCGGUCACUGACCGUAAUGGCAACACGAGGAGAAGAUCAAGAUCUGGUCCAGCAAAUAACACAAACCAUCAAUAACCAACAGGAGCCAUCCAAGGUUUCAGACCGGGUAGUUCCCUGCUUUGGUUGGCAUCCAUGGUUCUCGCACCAGGUUCUAGAUGACACCGCUACAACAGCAGAUCUGGACUUGCAAGACACAUCUAUGAAAGAAGCGCAUUAUAUCAAUGUCUUGACUCCGUCACCAGGCGAGGACACGGAAUUUUUGGAAUGUCUUCCGAAUCCUAAGCCUCUCUCCCAGCUUAUUGCGGAGACAAGAGAAAGACUUGAGUUAUUUCCUUAUUCUCUCGUCGGAGAGAUAGGUCUGGAUAAAUCAUUCCGACUUCCUGGUGCAUGGACGAGAGAAGAACUAGAAAAUCGUGAUGACCAGAUCACGCCUGGAUCGCGGGAAAAUCGACGAUUGUCGCCUUACAAGGUGAAAUUGGAGCAUCAGAAGACGGUACUCAAAGCCCAACUCCAGCUUGCAGGGGAGAUGCAGCGUGCGGUAUCAAUACACAGUGUACAAGCACAUGGAGCUGUGUUUGAUACAUUGAAAGGAUUGUGGGUCGGGCAUGAGAAGGUCCUUCCGUCGCGAAGGGAAAGAGAGAAACGUCGGGAUGCGGUUGGGGCUCUUUCGGAAGAUGAGGACGGAGAGGACUGUGCGAGUCCUAAUCCCACGAGUGGUGUCUCACUGAAGGGGCCUGCGCUGGCGUUCCCGCCGCGCAUUUGCAUGCACUCUUACUCUGGUCCUGUAGAGCCGCUUCGGCAGUUCUUGAACAAGACGAAUCCUUCUGAUGUCUACUUCUCUUUCUCGUACGUGAUUAAUUUUUCUGGGCCUGGGGCGAGGAAAGUGAUUGAUGUGGUCAAGAUGUUACCGGAUGAGCGUAUUUUAGUUGAAAGUGAUCUUCACACGGCUGGGCCACAAAUGGAUGAUUUACUGGAACAGGUAACUCGUCAGAUUUGUGAGAUUCGGGGCUGGGAGUUGCGGAAAGGCGCACAGCAGCUUGCAGAUAAUUGGAAGCGAUUUGUGUUUGGAUAA